AUGGACCAGUGCGUAGACUAUGACGACUGGGUCGUAGAGACCGUCGGCCAAUGGGGAUAUCCAUACAGCGGUUGCUCGGAUAUAGCAGGACUUUGCCUUCAGCCUGAGCAGAACUACUGGCUGUCGCACGUGUGCUGCGCCACCUGCAGCACGACCACCUGCGAAGGAGACGACGACGCCUCGGCAUCGCUUGCAACAGGGGCCAGUGGCUGCUAUGAGGCCAUGACCUGGGGCUGGUGCGAAGAUUUUCAGUUUUACCACACUUGUUGCGAUACGUGUUCCAAGUGCGACUGCGAUGAUAAUUGGGAUCCAGUCUGCGGGUACGGUGGCAUGACCUAUUCGAACUCGUGCGAGGCCGAUUGCUACGCGAAUGGCUACGAGUAUUGGGGGGAAUGCGCAAGUGAAUGUGACUGCGAGGACAACUGGGAGCCGGUCUGUGGAUACGAUGGCAUGACCUAUUGGAACUCGUGCGAGGCCGAUUGCUACGCGAAUGGCUACCAGUAUUGGGGGGAAUGCGAAAGUGAAUGUGACUGCGAGGACUACUGGGGCCCGGUCUGUGGAUACGAUGGCAUGACUUAUUCGAAUUCGUGCGAGGCCGAGUGCUACGCAAAUGGCUACCAGUAUUGGGGGGAAUGCGCAAGUGAAUGUGACUGCCUGGACACCUGGGACCCGGUCUGUGGAUACGAUGGUAACACCUAUUCGAUUUCGUGCGAGGCCGAUUGCUACGCGAAUGGCUACCAGCACUGGGGGGAAUGCGCAAGUGAAUGUGGCUGCCUGGACACCUGGGACCCGGUCUGUGGAUACGAUGGCAUGACCCAUUGGAACUCGUGCGAGGCCGAUUGCUACGCGAAUGGCUACCAGUUCUGGGGGGAGUGCGCAAGUGAAUUUGACUGCCUGGACACCUGGGACCCGGUCUGUGGAUACGAUGGCAACACCUAUUGGAACUCGUGCGAGGCCGAUUGCUACGCGAAUGGCUACCAGUACUAG